CUUUUCAGCUUCUCUCUCACGAUCGCAUGCGUUUUUUGCAUUGCAUCAAGAAAGAAAGAACAAGAAGAGGAAGAAUUUUGAAAAAUCAAAAGAUCCUAUUUGAGUGUUGGAGAUGGCUUCGGUGUCACCAUUGGCUAAGUAUAAACUGGUCUUCUUAGGAGAUCAAUCUGUAGGGAAAACAAGCAUCAUCACACGUUUCAUGUAUGAUAAGUUCGACACAACCUACCAGGCUACUAUUGGAAUCGAUUUCCUAUCGAAAACGAUGUACCUGGAAGAUCGAACUGUUCGUCUCCAGCUUUGGGAUACGGCUGGACAAGAAAGAUUCAGGAGUUUAAUUCCAAGUUACAUAAGAGAUUCUUCUGUUGCUGUAGUUGUUUAUGAUGUAUCCAAUCGGCUCUCAUUUCUCAACACAUCCAAAUGGAUCGAAGAAGUCCGCACCGAAAGAGCUGGUGAUGUUAUCAUUGUUCUUGUCGGGAACAAGACCGAUCUUGUCGAUAAAAGACAAGUCUCGAUUGAAGAAGGAGACAGCAAAGGUCGUGAAUAUGGAGUUAUAUUCAUUGAGACCAGUGCAAAAGCAGGGUUCAAUAUCAAGCCCUUGUUUCGCAAAAUCGCUGCGGCAUUACCAGGAAUGGACUCAUAUUCAAACAUGAAAACUGAGGAUAUGGUUGAUGUUAACCUAAAAGCUACUUCGAAUUCAUCCCAAGGAGACCAACAAGGAGGAGGCUGCUCGUGUUGAUGGUUCACAAGAAAGAACAGAGAAGAGAGUAACCUUUCGGUUCGGCUAACAUUGUUUAUCUGUCCAAAUGCUUAUAAAAAGCUGUGUGAUGUCAGUUUCCACUUUUAACAUAUCUGUUUGUGGAUCCGAGUUGUUACUGUGACUUUACGUGUGAGUGUAUUUGUUUUACAGUAUGGUUGAUGCAGUUAAUUCGCAGUAUAUUAGUGAGGGUCUGCAUAA